UCCAGAGCCCGCUUGCGAGAAAUCUCCUUUCUCUGCUCCUUUACAGUCUUAGUUGUGCUAUCUAGUGUACCGGUAGCUAGCUAGUUGCUCGCAAGAAGAACUCGACAUCUUGCAAGCUACCCCUGUUUCCAAUCGUGUUGUUACCGUUCCUCCUAGUAGCUAGUUAUAGUCAGUCUACAAGCAAUACAGAACCAAUCCUCUGCCAAGCUUGGAUGAUAUAGGACUACGACCUGCCUGGGAAUCAUCAUGGGGGCUUCGAAAUUCGCACUCAUCGUCCUGAUUGUCGCUGUUUGCGUUCCCAGACUCUUGUGUUGCGUUCACGGCGAGUUGGCGACUCCUGAUUGUGACGCGACAAACAAGGACGAUGAAGCAUUGGCCGCGGUUCAAAGAAUCUUGGACCAGGCGUUUGAGGAUUCACGAUCACUAUUAGAGGGCAACAAGAAUCAGAGUACUAAUCGAACGCAAGAACAAGUCGACAAGCUCCUGCUCGAAGCGGCACAACGGUAUUUUCCAACCCAAGAUACUACCGGUACGAACAACCCGAAGCUAGACAAACAACCCGCCAAACAAGAUGGCAACCGUCGCGAUUCCUCCGUUAAUUCCAGACAUUCGUUUCUGUACGCCGAUCGGUUUGUCGACGACGUACUCGACAUUGUCGACGAUCCAGACUGCAUGACCCGCGAGUUCAAUGUCAACGCCGACGAUUACGAUCCAAUGGAAGCCACCGACGUGCUGGAGAAGUGUCGAAUACUCGUACUCCGCAACGUCUAUCGUCCUAACUUUAUCCUAAAGCAGUUCAAGCCAGCCCUUGCGCAAUAUCUGACAGCCCUGCAAGAGGGAGAGAUCGAACCGUCCCGACGGGCCAUUUACAGCACCGACUAUCCCACGAAACGAUAUGAGAUUAUGCUGCCGAUUCAACUCGCAUGGGACGAGCUGAUUCGCAAUCCCCAAGUGAACAAAAUCUUGAGGCAACCGCAGAUUCUUGGGCCGAACCACAUUUUGCAUUCGUUGGGGACCGUCGUGACGGAGCCGGGAGCUCCGCACCAACAAUGGCACGAAGAAGACAAUUAUCUCUUUGAUACAACACACAGCUGGGAAGAUUUUGGAGUGGCAGGCCAUGAUUUGCCACCAUACGUCAUCAAUCUGUUUUCGCCACUGCUGAACGUGACACAUGAUCAUGGACCCACUGAGUUUUGUGUCGGGACAUCGAGUACAACGGGGCUCCUAUCCUGGACAAAGAAAAAUGAUUUUCGUCUCUACAAUGAGGAGUUGUUGCGACAAGACCGAGCUGACAAGAAGACGUUUGACUCUCUGUUAGAGUUUCAUCAACGAAUGCACACAUCGGACAACAAAGGCCUGCGUCAGUUGCCCUGUCCACCUUCCAAUCUUCGGUCCGUCUUGCUCAACGUGGGAGAUGCUCUCCUGUUUGACUAUCAGGUCCUGCAUCGGGCAGGUCACAACAAUAUACUGACUAGCGAGGAUUCACGGGCACAACUCUAUUUGGCUUUUUCCCGCGAGUGGUUCCGCGACUUCAACUACGAUACCAACAUUUACGAUGAGGAGGAAAAGAGUGACCCCGAAUUUGAUGCGUUCACCAGUCAGACCAGGUUUGCCUCGGACGUCGAGGACGAGAUUUUUGAUUUUGAUUACUUGGAGCACCAAGAGGGAGAUCAAGGCGACGUAGAUGGCGAGACUAAGCCAAUAGAGAGGCUUCGUAACAUCCUCCCACAAGAACCCCUUCGAGCAUCAGCUCAAAGCAAACGAAUCAGCUUUGUCGUGACCAACCUUGAUAUCGAGCAGGAAACUGCGUAUCUUUCUUGGGACCGUGGGGAUGACGACAAUGGUUCUGGCAACAGCAAGUUCGAGGCACUUGUGGCUCCAGGGGAACAUCAUCAUGUAAGAGCUCGAGUUGGCAGUCGACUUGCACUGUUGCGAGCGGAUGGGCAAGUACUGAAGGCAUGGACAAUACCGUUUGCAGUGACACAGCUGGUGGUCUCCAAGCAAAUUGUAGGCCUUGCGGAGGCCUAAUGUAGCUAGUCUAGUGAGACAGAACCAUGUACGUGGUGUGAAUCGGCAAGAAACCAUUAUGAGAUGAUGCCGAAGUGUAGGUUCCAUGGUGCUUUCCGAAAGCACGACAGAAACGUAAACGUAAGCAAGAAAGCUAAAUCAACAGUUGCCGUUCUUGGAUGGGGCUUGUCCUCUCUCUUUUGUCCUCUCACAUUUGUCUUCACAAGAAUUGUGCUGUAGCUGCCAUUUUGGUGGCAUCUUCUUUAUAC